CUCUCAAAAAGAAGUAGGGGUGCGUGGCAGCCAUCACGAUGGUGAGGAAACACAAAGGAACGCUGGCGGUGAUCGAGAAGAUCUACCAGGAUAUACCCGCCUUCUCCGACAUCUUCACCGAGGAGAGCUUCUACAUGUUCGCCUUCUGCUUCGUGUGCGCCACCAUCCUGGUGGCCUUCAUUCUCUCCCGGUUCAUCACCAUCAAGCCCGUGGACUUCUGAGCCAAAUGUGUUGUCUAACUCCGCACACGUACUUUUGAAAAUAUAUAAGCUCUGACAUUUACCA